AUUGCUGAGUGGGAUACCCACUUUCUUUCUAUCCCAAUUCCCAUCUCUCUCUCUCUCUCUCUCUCUCUCUCUCUAGAUUCCAGUAGAAAACACCAACCACCACCACCCAACAAGAAGCCCGCCAGUUUGCAGCUCACCAGCCGCCCGCCGGGGAAUCGAUCCGGAAUUUCCUCGGAAUUUCCGCCGCCGGCGUGUUUCGAGACAUGGGCAUGCUAUGCGAUGACGCCGUGUUGAUCCAGAAAGGGAAGAAUCCGGGUGAACCCCACGUCAUCACCAUCAAUUGCCCCGACAAGACUGGCAUCUCCUGCGACAUUUGCCGAACCAUUCUCGAUUACGGCCUCUAUAUUACCAAAGGAGAUGUUUCAACUGAUGGGAGAUGGUGCUAUAUAGUGUUAUGGGUGGUUCCCCAAUCUAGCAUCCCUAUUGUGAGAUGGCCAAAUUUGAAAAACCGCCUUCUAUCUCUGUGUCCAUCUUGUACAGUCUCAUUUUAUUUAAACCAGCCAUCUCCAUGCUCCCUGCCAUCUCCAGUUUACCUGCUUUCUUUUUGUUGCCUUGAUCGAAAAGGAUUGUUAUAUGAUGUUACUCAAGUUCUGUGCGAGCUCGAGCUUACCAUUGAGAGGGUAAAAGUGACGACGACGCCCGAUGGCAGGGUCCUGGACCUAUUCUUUAUAACUGAUAACUUGGAGCUGCUCCACACGAAAAAGAGACAAGAUGAGACGUGUGAACAGUUGCAUUCUGUUUUAGGCGACUCAUGUAUCAGUUGUGAACUUAAGUUGCCUGUACCUCAGUACGAUUUUCAUCAGGGUUCCUCUUCUCUUUCUCCAGUUGUUUCUGAAGAAUUAUUUAGAUGCGAUCUAUUGGAUAAGGAGAUUGGUCCGCAGGCUCUUAGCCCGGAUAUGACAAAAUUGAAGAAGGCAAAUGUAACUAUGGACAAUUCCCUGAGCCCAUCUCAUACGUUGCUUCAGAUACAGUGUAUUGAUCACAAGGGCCUCCUCUAUGAUAUUAUGCGAACAUUGAAAGACUACAAUAUUCAGAUAGCUUAUGGUCGGUUUUGUCCAGUUACAAAAGAUAAGCGUGAACUAGAUCUUUUUAUCCUGCAAAAGGAUGGUAAAAAGAUUGUUGAUCCCGAGAAGCAAACUGCAAUAUGUUCUCGUUUGAAGGUUGAGAUGCUUCACCCACUGCGUGUUAUUGUUGCAAACCGUGGACCAGAUACUGAGCUCUUGGUUGCUAAUCCAGUGGAGCUAUCUGGAAGUGGGAGACCCCGUGUUUUCUAUGACGUCACGCUUGCACUGAAAACUCUUGGGAUCUGCAUUUUCUCGGCUGAAAUCGGGAGGCAUUCAACUGCAGAUCGGGAGUGGGAGGUCUACAGAUUCCUGUUAGAUGAGAAUUGCAAAUUCGAAUUGUCAAAUAUGGUUGUUAGAAAUCAGAUUGUGGACACGGUCAGAAGAACGUUGAUGGGCUGGUGAGCUGAUCCGCUUUCUUCGUCUUUUACCUGCUUCAUAUGCUCCCUUUCUGUGUUUUGGACUCUUGGCUCUAAGGAUAAGCUUUUCGAUUAGUAUGUACAGUGCAAUAACGAUAGCCAUGUAGAAGUUGUUUGGGUUUGAAUCGUGUCCAAUCAUUAUCAUCAUGGUAUAUAUUGUUUCUAAUCGAACGGUGUAUCUGAUUCAGCUUAUUGCAUGACCUUUGAAAGGUGAUCCAAA